UCGGCUCAUUUAGCAGAAGAAUUUCCUUUGACAUUUCUAGAUUACGCAGCUCGACACUGGUUCUCUGCUGACUUACUGAGUGUGCAGCGAGGCAGUCACAGCCUUCAUUUGUCGCAAUGUCUGAGUUUAUUUUAGCUUUGGUAACAAUAUCAGGAUUAUUCCCUAUCACCAAGGCUGUGUCAGUUCUAGUUGAUAAAGACCACAAAACAUGUGGACCAGCUGAAUUUCUCUGCCAUGACCAUGUGACCUGUAUCUCACUGAACUGGCUCUGUGAUGGUGAACCAGACUGUCCUGAUGAUUCAGAUGAGUCACUUGAUCAGUGUACUAGACACUUGGAAUUUACAUGUCCUGUAAAUCAUUUUGACUGCAUUGGUGCGAGAAGAUGUAUUCACAUGAGCAAACUCUGCAAUGGCAUAAAUGACUGUAUGGAUGGGCUUGAUGAAGGAUAUCAUUGUCGAGAAUUUGCAUCCUCUUGUGACCGGGCCCAUUGUCAGUAUCGGUGUGCAAUCACAAGGAAUGGUACAACUUGCUACUGCAGUGAUGGUUAUAAUGUAGCACAAGAUGGGAAAGGUUGUGAAGAUUUUGAUGAAUGCAGUGUAUAUGGAACAUGUAGUCAAACAUGCAUGAAUAGCAAUGGAUCGUACACGUGUGGCUGUGUGGAAGGUUAUUUGAUGCAACCAGACAACAAAACUUGCAAAGCCAAAAUUGAACCCCUUGAUUCACCACCUGUUCUAUUGAUUGCCAACAUUAAAAGUAUCAAGGUGAUGGGUUUGGAUGGAUCAAAUAUUCCAACACAGAAUUCCAUCAAUACUAAUGGAAUCAUUGCACUGGAUUUUAUUUAUGAUGAGGAACUAGUCUGCUGGAUCACAGCUGAGGAAAUGUCUACCCAUGCUGAACUGAAAUGUGCCAAGAUGACACCAUUGAUUGGAUUUGCUGAAGAGAAAACCAUCAAUAUUUCACAAAGCCUCCACAAUGUCGAACAAAUGUCUUUAGACUGGCUUACUGGAAACUAUUACUUUACGGAUGAUGUCAGUGACCGAAUAUUUGUGUGCAAUCAAAAUGGGGUUACUUGCAUUACUCUACUAGAUCUGGAGCUGCACAAUCCCAAAGGGAUUGCCCUCGACCCAGCCAUGGGGAAACUUUUCUUCACUGACUACGGUGACAUCGCCAAGAUUGAAAGGUGUGACAUGGAUGGGCAAAGCCGAUCCAGGAUAGUGGACAGUAAAAUAGAACAACCAUAUGCCAUCACGCUUGACUUGGUAACCAAACAGGUCUACUGGGCAGAUGUUUAUCUCGAUUAUAUUGAAGUGGUAGAUUAUGAGGGAAGAAACAGACAUACAGUUAUUCAUGGACGUGAUGUUAGACAUCUUUACAGUUUGACAGUAUUUGAAAACUUCAUUUAUGCCAUCAACUUGGAUAAUUUCACUGCUAAAUACAAAGUAAGCAUCACUAAAAUAAACAGAUUCAAUGGUACAGAUGCUCAAACACUAGGAAAACUGGAGAAUGGUGGAGUUGUGCAUGUCUACCAUAAACUAAGACAACCAUUGGUUAGAAGUCAUGCUUGCGAACUGGAUCUGUAUGGCAAACCCGGAGGAUGCUCUGACAUCUGCCUGCUCAGCAGCAGCCACAAAGCAAAGACAUGUCGAUGCAGGACUGGCUACAGCUUAGGAAAUGAUGGGAAGUCGUGCAAAAAGCCAAAAAAUGAACUGUUCCUGUUUUAUGGAAAAGGCCGGCCAGGAAUCAUUCGUGCAAUGGACCUGAACACCAAAACAGCUGAUGAAUAUAUGAUACAAGUAGAAAACCUUGUCAAUCCACGAGCUCUUGACUUUCAUGCAGAAACAAAUUACAUCUACUUUGCUGACACAACCAGUUUCUUAAUUGGACGACAGAAAAUCGAUGGCACAGGUCGAGAGACAAUCCUAAAAGAUGGUGUGGAUAAUGUUGAAGGUAUUGCUGUGGACUGGAUUGGAAAUAACUUAUAUUGGACGGAUGAUAGUUACAAGAAGUCUAUAAGUGUAGCAAGACUUGAAAAGGCCUCACAGACCCGGAAGACCUUAGUAGAAGGCCAAAUGUCACACCCAAGAGCUAUAGUUCUGGAUCCUUUACAUGGCUGGAUGUACUGGACAGAUUGGGAAGAAGAAGAGAUAGACAACAUGACAGGAAGAAUCGAAAGAGCAUGGAUGGAUGGCUCCAAUCGACAACUCUUUGUGACAACAAUGAUGCUUUGGCCUAAUGGUUUAACUCUAGACUUGACCACUGGGAUACUAUAUUGGUGUGAUGCAUACUAUGAUCAUAUCGAAAGAAUCUUUUUGAAUGGCACAGGUAGAAUGAUAGUAUAUGCUGGCAAGGAAGUGAAUCACCCUUUUGGCUUGUCACAUUAUGGAAAAUUUAUUUUCUGGACUGAAUAUACAAAUGGAUCCAUUUUUCAAUUGGACUUGAUGACAAGAAAUGUUACACUGCUUCGAAAGGAAAGACCACCAUUGUUCGGGCUGAGGAUCUAUGAUGUUCAGCAACAGUUACGAGGUGAAAAUUCAACUCGGGGAAACAAUGGUGGGUGUAAUGGCCUGUGUUUAAUAAUCCCUGGAGGCAGAGUUUGUGCUUGUGCUGAUGGUCAAUAUUUAGAUGAGGACAAUGUAACCUGCAAAUUAAAGUCUGGCCCACCCAAUCAUCAGCAAUGCCAUUUUGGAGAGUUUGCCUGUAAAAAUGGAAGAUGUAUUCAAGAACGUUGGAAAUGUGAUGGAGAUAAUGACUGCUUCGAUGGUAGUGAUGAGGAUCAAGAUAUUUGCUACAAUAGUACUUGUCCUGCUAAUCACUUCAGAUGCCAAAAUAAUCGCUGCAUCCCUAAAAGAUGGCUUUGUGAUGGAGCUAAUGACUGUGCCAACAAUGAGGAUGAAUCAAAUGAAACUUGUUCAGGAAAGACUUGCCAACCCAGUCAGUUUUCCUGUUCCAGUGGACGUUGUAUCCCAAUGUCAUGGGUGUGCGACUUAGAAGAUGAUUGUGGAGACCGAUCUGAUGAAACUGCAUCAUGUGCAUUCCCUACCUGCACUCCCCUAAUACAGUUCACUUGUAAUAAUGGAAGAUGCAUCACAGUUAAAUGGCGCUGUGACUCAGAUGAUGACUGUGGGGAUGGUAGUGAUGAGGCAGGCUGUUCGCCCUCCUGUUCUGAUGCCCAGUUCAAAUGUAACAAUGGCCGUUGUGUCCCUGAGCACUGGAUCUGCGAUGGAGAUAAUGACUGUGGUGAUUUCAGCGAUGAAACCAAUGCUAACUGUUCUGAACCAGCCACUAAAUCACCAGGUAUUUGUCACAGAAAACAAUUUCAGUGUUAUGUGGAUGGUAAUUGUGUUCCAUUGCGAUGGCAUUGUGAUGGAGACUGGGAUUGUGAAGAUGGAAGUGAUGAAAACAACUGUGCAGGAAAUUCAAGAACCUGUGACUCCCAUUCUGAGUUUACGUGUAAAGACACAGGAAGAUGCAUCAAUAUGACAUGGGUUUGCGACGGAGAGGAUGAUUGUGAAGACCACUCAGAUGAAGAGAACUGUGGAACAUUUGCAUGCAAACCACCAACCUACCCAUGUUCUGGAAAUACAUCAAUUUGUCUUCUGCCAGAAAAGUUUUGCAAUGGGAAAGAGGAGUGUCCAGACGGUACUGAUGAGAGUCCACUUUGUGAUGAAUGCUCUCUGAACAAUGGAGGAUGCAGUCACCACUGUAUCUAUGUAACUGGAGAAGGCAUUGUGUGCUCCUGCCCUACAGGAAUGCAUCUAAACUCAGAUGAGAAAACAUGCAUUGUCCUUGAUUAUUGCAAAAAACAUCUCAAAUGCAGCCAAGUGUGUGAGCAACACAAAAAGACAAUUAAGUGCUCAUGUUAUGAGGGAUGGAUGCUGGCCCCUGAUGGUUAUAGUUGCAUUAAUUUAGAUCCUUUUGAGCCUUACAUAAUUUUUUCCAUCCGUCAUGAGAUUCGAAGACUGGACCUUCGCAAGCAGGACUAUAAUUUACUGGUUCCUGGGUUGAGAAACACAAUAGCAAUUGAUUUCCAUUUCAAUCAGAGUUCUCUUUAUUGGACCGAUGUUGUGGAAGAUAAAAUUUACAAAGGAAAACUUUCAGAAGUUGGAGCUGUAAGCAGUGUGGAAGUUAUUGUUCAGCAUGGUCUAGAUACUCCUGAAGGGUUAGCUGUGGACUGGAUUGCAGGAAACAUCUACUGGAUAGACAGCAAAAUGGAACAGAUUGAAGUAGCAAAACUGGAUGGUACCAUGAGAACUACGUUAAUUGCAGGCGACAUGGUGUAUCCACGGGCCAUAGCUUUGGAUCCUCGUUAUGGAUUCUUGUUUUGGACUGACUGGGAUUCUAGUUUUCCACGAAUUGAGGCAGCUUCAAUGAGUGGAGCAGGAAGGAAGGCCAUCUACAAAGCUUUGGGGACUGGCGGAUGGCUUAAUGGACUGACCGUGGAUUACCUUGAGGACAGAAUCAUCUGGAUUGAUGCAAUGUCUGAUGCUAUUUACUCAGCCUUAUAUGAUGGCAGUGAAUUGAUAGAAGUCUUGCGUGAUCAUGAAUACCUUUCUCAUCCAUUUGCUGUAACAUUGUACGGAGGUGAUGUUUACUGGACUGACUGGAAGACUAACACCCUUCUGAAAGCCAACAAGUGGACUGGCCAAAAUGUCACUGUGGUACAGAGAACCAGCGCUCGGCCCUAUGACCUUCAGAUUUACCAUCAGACCAGGCAACCACAAGCACCAAACCCUUGCAAGUCUAAUAAUGGCAAAGGGCCAUGUUCUCAUUUGUGCCUGAUUAAUUACAAUGGAACUGCUGCUUGUACAUGUCCUCAUCUAAUGAAACUGGCCCCUGAUGAGAAGAACUGCUAUGAGCAAAAGGAAUUUUUAAUCUAUUCAAGAAAUUCCGAGAUCCGUGGAGUUGAUAUUGAUAAUCCAUAUUAUAACUACAUAACACCAUUUACUGAUCCGGAUAUCAGUCAAGUUAAAACCAUUGAUUUUGAUGCAUCAGAAGAACGAAUUUACUGGUCUGAUUUAAAGCCCCGAUUUAUAAAGCGAGCCUUCAUAAAUGGCACAGGAAUAGAAACAGUGGUUUCAGCAGACUUGCCAUAUGCUCAUGCAAUUGCAGUGGACUGGGUUUCCAGAAACAUAUAUUGGACAAGUUCAGAUUUAGAAGAAGCUCAGAUAAAUGUUGCAAGAUUAAAUGGCUCCCUGCGGACUUCUAUAAUUCAUGGACUUGAUCACCCACAGUGUCUAGUAGUACACCCACUAAAAGGGACACUCUACUGGAUCGAUGGAAACAAUAUCAGUUUAGCAAACCUGGAUGGUAGCAACAUCAAGAAUCUUUUCAUGAAUCAAAGAGAACCUGUUGGUCUUUCAAUUGAUUACACCACAAAUAAGCUGUACUGGAUUAGUUCUGGCACCGGAACCAUAAAUAAAUGCAACUUGGAUGGUUCUAAUUUAGAAGUGAUCAGCUUAAUGGCACAGUACCUAACCAAAGCAACAGCCCUGGCGGUAAUGGGAAACAAGCUCUGGUGGGCUGAUCAGACAUCUGGAUGGAUUGGAAUCUGCAACAAAGAGGAUGGUACAGAGCCUGUUGUCAUGAGGAAAAAUAUCGCAACUGUACUGCAUAUGAAAGUCUAUGGAAAAGAGACUCAACAAGGUACUAAUUUGUGCAGUGUUAACAACGGUGGCUGCUCCCAGCUCUGUCUGCCAGUCUCAGAAACAAGAAUAACAUGCAAGUGCACUGUGGGCUAUCGACUACACAGAGACAAAAUGUCAUGUGCAGGUUUUGGAUCCUUCCUGAUGUAUUCUGUUCAUGAAGAAAUCCGAGGAAUACCACUUGAACCCAAUGAUAGAUCAGAUGCUUUGCUGCCGAUAUCUGGGAUAUCGCUCACAGUAGGAAUAGACUUUCACGCAGCAAAUGAUACAAUCUAUUGGACAGACAUGGGAAGGAGUACAAUUAGCAGGGCUAAACGAGACCAGACCUGGAGAGAGGAUAUUAUUACUAAUGGCCUUGGACGGGUUGAAGGCAUAGCAGUGGAUUGGAUAGCUGGCAAUAUAUACUGGUCAGAUCAUGGCUUCAAUAUAAUAGAAGUUGCAAGAUUUAAUGGGUCCUUUCGUUAUGUGGUCAUAUCCCAAGGGCUCGAUCAGCCACGUGCAAUAGCAGUCCAUCCAGAGAAAGGGUUCAUGUUCUGGACAGAAUGGGGACAGAAGCCUUGCAUUGGGAGAGCACGGUUGGAUGGAUCAGAACAAAUUGUCCUCGUGAGCUCCAACAUUGCUUGGCCAAAUGGGAUAUCAAUAGACUAUGAGGAAAGUAAAUUAUAUUGGUGUGAUGCCCGCACAGACAAGAUAGAGAGAAUUGACCUUGAAACUGGAGAAAACCGAGAGAUUGUGCUGUCAGGCAACAACAUGGAUAUGUUUUCAGUUGCAGUCUUUGGGGUUUACAUCUUCUGGUCUGACAGGGCACAUGCCAAUGGAUCCAUCAAAAGAGGAUACAAGAACAACGCUGUAGAUGCUGUAACCAUGAGAACACAUCUUGGAGUCAACCUGAAGGGUGUGAAAGUGUUUAACCGAGCCAGGGAAAGAGGUACCAAUAUUUGUGCAAAGAAUAAUGGUGGAUGCCAGCAGCUUUGUUUAUACCGUGGAAAAGGUCAGAAGACCUGCGGAUGUUCAUACAGUGUACUCGCAGAGGAUUCAGUUAGCUGUCGUGACUACGAUGGAUACUUGCUCUAUUCAGAAAGAACAAUAUUAAAGAGCAUCCAUCUUACAGAUGAAACUAAUUUGAAUCCUCCAAUUAGACCAUAUGAGAAACCGGAAUACUUCAAAAAUGUGAUUGCUUUGGCUUUUGAUUACCGGCGAAAUACAAGGGGGACCAAUCGGAUAUUUAUGAGUGAUGUUCAUUUCGGAAAUAUCCAGCUUAUCAAUGAUGAUUGGACUGGCAGAAGAGUAAUUAUAGAGAAUGUUGGCUCAGUUGAAGGUCUGGCAUAUCACAAAGCAUUGGAUACCCUUUACUGGACAAGUUCAACAACAUCAACUAUCACAAGGCAUACAAUUGACCAAAACAGAUUUGGAGCAUUUGACCGAGAAAUCAUUGUUGCAAUGUCUCCUGAUGACCAUCCUCACGUACUUGCAUUGGAUGAGUGCCACAACUUGAUGUUCUGGACAAACUGGAAUGAACAGCAGCCAAGUAUAAUGAAAGCAACCCUCUCUGGAGGAAAUGUUCAAGUCAUUGUUAGCACUGAUAUUUUCACACCAAACGGACUUACAAUUGAUCAUCGAGCGGAGAAACUGUAUUUCUCUGAUGGUUCUGUCGGAAGAAUUGAAAGGUGUGAAUAUGAUGGAACACACAGAUACGUAGUUCUGAAAUCUGGACCAGGCACUUUCUUCGGCUUAGCUAUUUAUGGUGAUUACAUCUUCUGGACGGACUGGAUGCAAAGAUCUGUAAUGCGUUGUGAUAAAUACACAGGAGGAGAAGUUAAAGUGCUGCGUUCUGAUACAGCACAUCAACCUAUGGGAAUUAUGGUUGUAGCUAAUGAUACCAAUAAUUGUGAGUUGUCUUCAUGCAAGAUAAUGAAUGGAGGUUGUCAUGACCUUUGCCUAUUGACUGCUGAUGGCCAAGUAAAUUGUUCUUGCAGGGGAGAACGAAUACUAUUAGAUGACAACAGAUGUUCUGCCAAAAACUCAUCUUGCAAUAUUCACACUGAAUUUGAAUGUGGAAAUGGAGAUUGUAUUGGAUACAAUUUGGCAUGUGAUGGAAUUAUACACUGCAAGGAUAAAUCAGAUGAAAAACAAUCGUAUUGUGCAAACAGGAGUUGUAGAAAAGGCUUUAAGCAUUGCUUUAAUGGGCGCUGUGUGUCCAAUGCAAAGUGGUGUGAUGGAGUGGAUGAUUGCAGUGACAACUCAGAUGAAGUAACCUGCAAGAAUUCUACAUGCAGUGCAGCUGAAUUUCAGUGCAGAGAUGGGACUUGCAUUGUCAAAACAGCACAAUGCAACCAGUUGAUAGAUUGUGCAGAUGCUUCUGAUGAAAUUGAUUGCAGUAACACAGACUGCACAGGCUUCUAUAGAGUUGGAGUUAAGGAAACAAAUUACAUAAAAUGUAACAGCACCUCACUCUGCAUCCUUCCAUCCUGGAUUUGUGAUGGGUCCAAUGACUGUGGUGACUACACAGAUGAAUUAAAUUGCCAAGCUCAACAUAAGCUCAAAUGUAAGGAACACUACUUUGCGUGCCCUAAUGGAAGAUGUAUUCCUGCAUUUUGGAUUUGUGAUAAAGAAGAGGAUUGUGAAGAUGGAGCUGAUGAAUCUCAUUGUGAUUCCUUUUGCACAUGGAAUCAGUUUGAAUGCCCAAAUCACAAAUGUAUCUCUCAUCGUUGGGUUUGUGAUGGUGCAGAUGAUUGUAGAGAUGGUGCUGACGAAGCAGAUUCUCUCUGUGGUUCAGUUACUUGUGCUCCUGACCUGUUCGAAUGUCCAAACUCUCAUGUUUGUCUCCCAAAACAUUGGUUGUGUGAUGGGGAUAAAGACUGUCCAGAUGGAAGUGAUGAACUUUCCACAGCUGGUUGUACGCACAAUAGCACCUGUGAUAACAAAGCUUUCAGGUGUAAGAACACAUUGUGCAUUCCACAAUAUUUUGUGUGUGAUCAUGAUGAUGAUUGUGGAGAUGGAUCUGAUGAAUUUCCUGAGUGUGAGUACAAAACUUGUGAGCCACAUGAGUUUCAUUGUGCCAAUGGAAGAUGUCUUACGAAUGCUGCUUGGGAAUGUGAUGGGGAUUUUGACUGUCUUGACCAUUCCGAUGAAGCACCCAAAAAUCCCAAGUGCUCAGGAGCAGGAAGAAAUUGCAACAAUUCAUUUUAUCUGUGCAAAAAUGGGAAAUGUAUAAAUGAAAUCCUUACUUGUGAUAAGCAUAAUGACUGUGAAGAUGGAUCAGAUGAAAACAAUUGCUUUGUCAAUGAAUGUGUAAAUAAGCGAAUCAGUGGAUGCUCACAAGACUGCCAGGACUUUAAAAUUGGGUACAAGUGCAAAUGCUGGCCUGGAUUCAGACUGAAAGAUGAUGGCAAAACCUGUAUUGACAUUGAUGAAUGUGCAACCAGCUUCCCCUGUAGCCAGCAAUGCAUCAAUACUUAUGGAACCUACAAGUGUUUGUGUGCUGAAGGUUAUGAAGUACGAGCAGAUAAUCCCAAUAGCUGCAAAGUUUUAUCAGAUGAGGAACCAUUUUUAAUUUUUGCUGAUCGACACGAAAUAAGAAAAAUGAGUAUAGAUGGAUACAACUACACAUUAUUAAAACAGGGGUUGAAUAAUGUUCAUGCAAUAGAUUUUGACUACAGGGACCAAUGUAUUUAUUGGGCAGAUUUCACCACACAAGGCAGUACAAUAUCAAGGAUCCACCUAAAUGGAAGCAAUCCUGAGGUGGUCCAGCAUACAGGACAAGCCAUUCCAGAAGGAUUGGCAGUUGACUGGAUUGGCAAGAAUCUGUACUGGUGUGACAAAAGCAAGUUGACUAUUGAAGUCUCUAAACUUAAUGGACUUUAUCAGACAGUCCUUGUGAACACAGGGCUCAAGACUUUGAAGCAUCUUGUGAUUGAUCCUCGCAUUGGAUAUUUAUAUUGGACUGAUCAUGGUGAAAAUCCACAUAUUGGCCGUGCAGGAAUGGAUGGAACUAAUCAAAGCAUUGUUAUAAGCACUAAAAUCUUAAAGCCAAGUGGUCUGUGUCUGGAUUAUGUGAAUAACAGGCUGUAUUGGGCUGAUGAUCAGCAAGGUUACAUAGAGUUUGCUGACCUGGAUGGAUCCAAUAGACAUAGAGUUCAUAAUCAAGAUAUCCCACAUGUAUUAGCAUUGACAUUAUUUGAAGACUACAUCUACUGGACAGAUUGGAAAACUAAGUCGGUCAGCCGUGCUCACAAAACCACAGGCUUGAACAAGAUUCCGCUAAUCAGCUCUUGGCAUCAGAUAAUGGAUAUCCAUGUGUAUCAUCCUCACAGACAACCAGAUGUUCCUGGUCACCCAUGCAAAAUAUCCAAUGGUGGAUGCAGCAACCUUUGUCUGCUAUCUCCAGGAGGAGGAUACAAAUGUGCCUGUCCCACAAAUUUCUAUCUGGCUGCUGAUGGCAAGACUUGCCUUUCCAAUUGCACCGCAAGCCAGUUUGUCUGUAGCAAUGAUAAAUGUAUUCCAUUCUGGUGGAAAUGUGAUACAGAAGAUGACUGUGGAGAUGGAUCAGAUGAGCCUGAAGAUUGUCCUGAAUUUAAAUGCAGGCCAGGUCAAUUUCAAUGUGGUACUGGAAUAUGCACUAAACCUGCCUUCAUCUGUGAUGGCGAGAAUGACUGUGGAGACAAUUCAGAUGAAGCAAAUUGUGAGACGCAUGUUUGCCUUCCAAGCCAGUUUAAGUGCUCACAGAAGAGGCGAUGCAUACCCGUCAUCUUCAGAUGUAAUGGUCAAGAUAACUGUGGGGAUGGAGAGGAUGAAAGCGAUUGCCCUGAAGUUACAUGUUCUCCAAACCAGUUCCAGUGUGCUGUAACCAAGCGAUGCAUUCCUGAAGAAUGGGUCUGUGACAAGGAUCAUGACUGUGCAGAUGGCUCUGAUGAAUCCAACUGCACUCAGAUUGCAUGUGGCACGGAAGACUUUCACUGUAAAGGCACAAGCAGAUGUGUUCCUGCACGAUGGAAAUGUGAUGGAGAGGAUGACUGCGGAGAUGGAUCUGAUGAACCAAGAGAAGAAUGUGAUGAAAGAACUUGUGAGCCAUAUCAAUUCCGGUGCAGAAACAAUCGUUGUGUACCUGGGCAUUGGCAAUGUGAUUAUGAUAAUGACUGUGGAGAUAAUUCUGAUGAGGAAUCAUGUGCACUUCGCUCAUGCUCCAUGAAUGAGUUUACCUGUGCCAAUGGUCGUUGUGUUGCUGCCAGAUGGAGAUGUGAUGGGGAUUAUGAUUGCUCUGAUAGCUCAGAUGAAAAAGACUGUGUAAUUAAAUGUAAAGAGGAUCAGUUCCAGUGUAAGCAUGGCCACUGUAUUCCUGUCAGGUGGCACUGCGAUGGAGAGACUGAUUGUCUAGAUGGCAGUGAUGAGGAAAACUGUGAACAAGUGCAAACAACUUGCAAUGUAGAUGAAUUCCAAUGCAACAAUACACUUUGUAAGCUUGUAUCAUGGCUGUGUGAUGGUGAGGAUGAUUGUGGAGACAACUCUGAUGAAAACCCAGAAAUGUGUGUAAAAUUUCAGUGUCCUCCCUCAAGAUCAUUCAGAUGUAAAAAUGGGAGAGUCUGCCUUCGACCUGAGCGAGUUUGUGAUGAAAUGAAUAACUGUGGUGACAACUCUGAUGAAGUGGACUGUGAUAAGCAAAUUCAGAGGCCAUGUGGGAAGGAUGAGUUUACAUGCAGCAAUGGGAAGUGCAUUCCUAUAGAGCUACAAUGUGACAUGUUCAAUGACUGUGCUGAUGGUGGGUCCGAUGAACAAGACUGCAUUAGAAAUUAUAAUGAAUUUAAUUGUGAAGAAGAAGUAAAUCCUUGUGGCAAUGAUGCUUAUUGUAAUAGGACAAAAUUUUCACUUUUCUGUGAGUGUCGGCCUGGUUUUCAAAGAAACAAAGCCUCAAAGCAGUGUGAAGAUAUUAACGAGUGCCUUCAAUUUGGAACUUGCUCACACUACUGCAAUAAUACUAAAGGGUCAUAUACAUGUACAUGUGGAAAAAACUACAAACAUUCUUACAACCACAGCUGCAAAACAGAAGGUUCAGAACAUCAAGUGCUCUACAUUGCAACCAGAAAUGAAAUUCGCAGUAUAUAUCCAUUUGACCCCAACUCAGCCUAUGAACAAGUGUUUCAAGGAGAUGAAACUGUCAAAAUUAGUAUGAUGGAUGUAUACAUUAAAGGCAAAAAGAUCUUCUGGACCAAUGGGCACACAGGCAGAAUCUCUUUUAUAGAUAUUUCAGACAAACGAGAAAGACAGACAAGUGAUGCCACAGACCUUAAUAUUCCUGGGUUCCAAGCACCACAGGGAAUUGCGGUUGACUGGGUUGCUGAAAAUAUCUACUGGACAGAUUCUUUCAGAAACGUCAUUUAUGUGGCCAAGAUUAAUGGACAGAAAUACAAAAAACUUGUUUCCGGAAUGAUGGACAAACCCUGUGCUAUUGCUGUUGAUCCCAGCAGAGGAAUGAUGUAUUGGACAGACUAUGGUAAACAGCCCAAGAUAGAGCAGUCAGCCAUGGAUGGGACUCUGCGACGAAUUCUCAUACAUAAGGACUUGCAAUGGCCGACAGGAUUAGCACUUGAUCAUUUCAACCAGCGCUUGUAUUGGGCAGAUGCCAAGCUUUCAAUUGUGGGCAGUGUUCGCUUUGAUGGCAGUGAUUCUGUUGUUGUUGCCAACACAAAACAAGGUCUCCAAACUCCCUUCAGCAUUGAUAUUUUUGAAGAUUACAUUUAUGGGGUGACGCAUACCAAUAGUCGCAUUUUUAAAAUGCACAAAUUUGGAAGAGCUCACCUUGAAUAUUUGGUAUCAGGUCUCAAUGAUGCUUCAGCCACAAUUGUAUUCCAUCAGUACAAGCAACAAGACUUACCAAAUCCUUGUAGCAAAAAGAAAUGUGAAUGGCUUUGUCUGCUGAAUCCCACUGGUGUAACAUGCUUAUGUCCAGAUGGAAAGAAUAUGAUUAAUGGGACAUGUAUUGAUGUAGAUUCUCCCACUGCACUCCCUUAUGGAAGUACCUGUGACCUAGUAUGUUUGAAUGGUGGAACUUGUUUUGUGAAUGAGCGAGACCAGCCAAAAUGCAAAUGCAAACCUCAAUACGCAGGGCAGGAAUGUGAAACUGACCAGUGCAGAGACUAUUGUCAAAAUGGAGGAAUCUGUUCAGCAUCAACAUUAGGAAAACCAGCCUGCCGCUGUCCUAUAGGAUUCACUGGUCCAACCUGUCGACAAAGGGUUUGUGACAGUUUCUGCCUCAAUGAAGGGAUUUGUGACGUCAACACAGGAAAUCAACCUUUUUGUUACUGCCCAUCAGACUUUACAGGAGACAGGUGUCAAUACAAUAUGUGCUAUAACUACUGCAUGAAUUUCGGAACCUGCAGGAUAAACAACGAUGGUAGUGCUCACUGCAUUUGCUUGCCACAAUUUGAUGGGCCAAAAUGUGAAGUGGAUAAAUGUACAGUAUGUCACGGUGGACAAUGUGUUGUGGACAAAGAGACCGGACAGGUAGCCUGCAAUUGCACAAAUGGAAGAAUUGCAUCCAGCUGCCUGUCUUGUGAUGGAUACUGUUACAAUGGUGGCACUUGCCAGCUGGGCCCACUCUCUGAAAUGCCCACAUGUGUAUGCACAGUGGGGUUUAAAAGUGAUCGAUGUGACCAGAAAAUUAACCUUUGUGAUUACUACUGCCAAAAUGGAGGGGUUUGCACUUUAACUGCACUUAAUGAACCUCAGUGCAAGUGUUCAGAUGAAUGGUCUGGUACACAAUGUGAAAGACCGGCUCCUAAGAGCAGCAAAACUGAGAAUACCAGAGGGAGAAACAUUACUUUUAUUAUCCCAGUUGUUAUCUUUGCCGUUUUGAUUCUUGCAAUCAUUGUUGGAAUAAUCAUCUGCAAAAGAAGACAACGUGUGAAAACAGUCCGGAGGCAUCCACUGUCAAAUGGAGGCAUGAAUGUGGAAAUUGGAAAUCCAACGUAUAACAUGUAUGAAGUUGACCGUAGUCAUGAAAAUGCUGAAGGCUUGUUAGAUCCAGAUUUUACAUUAGAUCCAGAAAAGCCAACAAAUUAUUCAAAUCCUGUUUAUGCAAAACUCUACUUGGACGCAUCAAACUGCCGGAAUUCCUUAGUCAGCACAGAGGAAAAGAAAGAGCUGCUUCCAAAGAAAUUAGAAGAUGGCCUGAGGGAGACAGUUGCUUAGAUUACCCUUUAGUCUUGUAUCUUUUUUAACCACUGUAUAAAUGUAUAAAGAAAGGAUUAAUUUUUCUAUGUAAUGACAGUGUUCUGAUUAUAUUUUUUGCAUCAGCACUACCUGUGUUUUUGCGCUGAGGAUUCUUGACUGACCUUCUGUCCAAUGUUUCUGUUUAAUGGACUGGGAAAGCCACCUGCACUAAACCACGUAAAACAAAGCUGCUGAUUGCACCUCCCAUUGUAUUUGAUCCUGUACUUGGGGAAAAAAACACACAAGCCAAUUUCUUUUUAGUUUUAUACCAGUUUGGUGGUUUUCUUUGGUAGAAGUAAGGCACAUUUGACAAUCUCUGCUGCAAGAUUUUCAGAUGAAUAGAUCUGUCGAGUACUUUUAACAACUAUAAAUAAGCACCUUUAAUUCCCUGUUGGUUUUCGUAUUAUUCAUGUACUCCUUGGGAAAAAUCUCCUCAUUUAAGCCGUUUUAGAAGUUAUUUCUUCAAAAUAUACAGGGAUAACUGGCAAAUUGAAGGCUAAAUCAAACUCAUUCAAAUUUCAAGGUCUGACUGAACUGCUGGUUUAGUUCUUAUUUAGCUUUUCAUCGUCUUUAUGUUAAUAUAAUAUUCUAUAUAGUCUAUGCUUCGUGAGUUGCAAUUUUACUUUGUUUUGUGUAAGCAAUAAGGAGGUUUGGGUAUAUUUCUAUGAUAACUGGCUUGGUUUGAGAAAUUUAAACAUUGCACUUGCUAAUCAAGCAUUUAAUUUUUUUGUAUGAAGUCAAAUUAUUAGGAUAUGAACUUGUUAGCAUAUAUAAUAGCCCAAAAGUUCCUUCAAGUGGUGAUCAAAUGGUGCCCACUGUUACUUAAGCUCUUUCCUUCCCAUUCAAUGAUGACAGUAAUUUGUUCAGGAAGUGCAAGUUGGAAAGAGUGUGAAGCCCUAACAAACACUUUGGGUUCUGAGUGAAUAAGGCAAUAGGUUGUAUCUCCUUUAAGAAUAUCAGAUGAAAGCAUGGUGAAACUAGCAGAAACAAGACUGAGAAAGAUAUUUGCCUCAAAAGUUAUCCCAGGUCGGUAGCACUUAAUGAAUUUUUGAGGGCCAGUGCAUUCACUCAGCCUGUGACAUUCAUUGCAUUCAAGUUGGUAGAGCGUACUUAGUACUUAUCCCAUUAUUGAAGCCGUACUUACAAUUGAAAUUAUUGGAUUUAAUCUUCUCCACUGAGUUUCCUCCAUAUCCCUGAAACCACAGGACUGUCACAAAAGUGUACUUGAAUGCAAAGCUAUACAGCAAGAUACCCUUCAAAAAACUAACUUCAGUGCAGCACAUUCCCAACAGCAAUUAUUGGAGACACAAGACACUGCAGAUGCUGGAAUCAGGAGGAAGAAAACAAACUACUGGAGAACUCAGCAGGUCAAGCAACAUAUGUGGGGGGUUGGAAUUGAUGAUGUUUUGGGUCUUGUCCCUGCAUCAGGACUUCUGGAUUUUGUUGUCUAAUCAUCAUCCCUUGCCCAAAUUUGCUGUAAUAUUUGCAUGUAAGUAAUAGCAAAUUCCAUUAGCCACAUUGGUAUCUUUGCAUCAUUUUUUUGCACAUUCCUUACUAUCUUAUCAGAGGUAUAUUUAGCUUGCUUAUCUUGUAGGAUUUAAAUACUUUGCUGACAUUGAAAACAAAGUUCAUUCAAGCAUUCAAAUACCAAUAUAACAUAUUGAAUUAUCACUCUUGCCCCUCACUAAUUCUGAAAAGUGAUGAAAAUAAAACUAAGCCUGAAACUCCAGUAAGUCGAAAUUUGUACUAUUUAAUGGAGCUUGAUCAAUGUCAAGCACUGUAUGUUCCAGUUUAAUGCAUUCAGCUUUGCAUAAAACCAUGAUGUAUGCUCUUCCAAAUGAAAUCCCUUGUUUUGACACAAAUCUAUGAAACUCAGGGAAUCAGACUGGAAGAUGAUGUUGAGGUGAAUAAUCAGUCACAAUCAUACUGGCUGGCAGAACUGGCUUAAUGUUCUGUACAGCCAACCCAUGCUUUUGUUCAUAUGAAACCAAAGUCAUUGGCUUAGUUGUCAAGUCAUAUGGGAUGGACAUAGAGUUAUGUAGCAUGGAAACAGGCCCUUCAGCUCAAAUAGUCUGUGCCUCCAUCAAAUAUCCCUAUAUACUAAUCCCAUUUUCCAGCACUUGGCACAUAAGCCUUCCACACUAUGGCAUUUCAAGUGUUCAUUUAUAAGAGUACCUGCCUCCAGCCCUUCAAGCAGAGACUUCCAAAUUCUAACCACCUUCUGAAAUUUUAAUCCCCUCUAAAUGUCUUACACCUCACCUUAAACCUACACUGUCUGGUUAUAGAUACCUCUUCUAGGCAUGAAAGUUUCUCAUUCUCUGUUCUCUCUAUACCCGUCAUAAUUUUGUAUACCUUAAUCAGAAUCCCCUUAGCUUUCUCUACUCCAAGGAAAACAAACCCAGGUCAUCCAGUCUAUGUUCAUUCAUAUUAAAGCAUCACUUGUAAUUUGCUCCAUCAUGCAUAUUACUAUUCAUCCAUGGUAAUUGAAAUAUUCUACGAACAGACUAAAAAAUUUUAGCUACACACUAAUUUUGUGUGUUUUUUUUCAAAAAUUGAUGAAAAUGGGGAAUGCAGGAGGAUUUGGGACUUUGAAAGGAAAUUAUUCAAGUUACUGAAUAUGAAUGUGUGAUUUACCAGAUCAACUGAUGCUGGAAACAAAAAUGUUAGUAAAUAAUUAAUAAUGGAGACUCCUUAUAAUUUUCCCAUUAAAAGCUGCUGACACCUAUGUCUUAUAAUAGCUGCAAUCCAAGUGCAUAGUGCAAAAUAUUUGGGUUUGUUCUUGUGAUUUUAAAAAUAUCUAAAUUGCUGACAAUCAAAAUCCUAUGUUUUUUUUAAACUAGUCACUUUUUAAAAAAUAUAUGGAAGCAAUGUGAUUUACGUCUUCAAGCUUUUGAUAUAUGAAAUAUUUAAUUAAUAUACUGCAGAAUAUCCAAAGUAACACUGUUUAUACACAGUAUUUAGAACACAAUUUAUACAUUCACCUUUCUUGGUUUUGAAAGCACUGCAGUUUUCUAUUCAGAUCAUGGUAAUAGGGAAGUCCUUCCUUGCUUUGCAUCCCUUAAAUAACAACCUACCUUCUAUUCUCAAAAAUCUUAAAAUGAUAAUAUUUCUAAAUCUAGUACUAAAUAUUUUGCUGUGACAACCACAAUGAACUAUUGAUAAGUUGUCCAAACUGUCAAACCACUUUCUUUUCCGUAAGUUUUGAAAAUGUUUCCAAUACUCGUGGGUUAUAAUGGAAACAAAUCUAAAACUGAGCAAUGUUGAAGCAGUAAGUGAACUGAAUUUAUUAGUGCCCCACCACUAAAUUUUAUCUUAAUUGAACUCUUUGUUUUGCUUUUCAUCAAUUUUGAUGGAUUAUUUCAUUCAUGUAUGGGAUAAUGUUAUAUAUUUAUUUGAAUAUAUUUGAUCCUUGAAAGACAAAUUGUUCCCCAAGAAUUUGCUCCAUUGUUUCAUUAUUGGUCUUUUUUCACAGCAGUUUAUGGCCUUCUUUGGGGUCAUUCUGGUGUCUAAACUUCCUGUUACUGCUGUAUUGGUUCAGCCCACCAAUUAUUCCCUGACCACAACACCCACCUUUCAGCCCAUUUUUCUCCUGUCAGCACUUUGGUAGUUUUAAAUCACCUGAGAUCUUUACAAAUAUAGGUCUGUGUCAUAAAUAUUGGAGCUCAAAAGAUCAUCAGAAAGCAAAUGACCAGCACAGAGAAUUACAUGAGUAGUUGAUAUAUUGGGAACACAUAAAUAUCAAAAAAAAUCCAAAUUAGGGAAGAAAGCUGCCAUAUAAAAGGAAAUAAAGUCAGAAAAUUUCACAUACAAGAACAAUGUGAUUUGGAGAAUUUCUAUAAUUUAUAGCACAGAAGUAAUCCAUUCAGAGCGUCUUGGAUUGUCUGUCAUAAUAACCAUUUGUUCCAUAUUCUCUUGUUAAUGAUUUAACAAUUAUUAAAUCAACUUGUAUCUAUAUCUCAGAAGCAGACGAUUCUGCCCAAUUUGUUCAUGCCAACACUUACUGUUCACAAAGCCCUUCCCAUCCUUCCUCAUUCAACUCGAUCAGCAAAUCCUUCUUUUCAUACUCCUAUUGCUAUCCAGACUCCUCCAAAACAUACCUGUAAUAUUUGCCCCAUCUAUAUAUUGUAGUAGCAAGUUACACAUUUUUCCACUCUUUGAGUAAAAAAUACUUUACAUUCCCAAUUGUAUUUAUCGGUGAAUACGUUCCACUUAUCAGUAUUGCUUUUGAGUCCUCUACAAGUCUUCUCCAUAUCAAAUUCCUUUAUUUUAGAUGACUGUCAGAUCACUCUUUUCUCAAGCCUGUUUAUCCUUUACUGAUGGUUUAAUGUACUCAGUACCUACUUAAGGCAAGUAAUGUGGGUGGGUAGGGAUAGAAGUAUCAUUGAGGAUUGACAUCAAAACAAUGGGAACUCCUCUGCUAGUUUUUCAUCCCCUGUACCAGCUGUUCACCAGGAUCAAGUUGUGGCUUGUGUUUAGUUCUCCUCCACAGUUACUGAAAAAAUAUCCAGCACAGAAUGGGUGGCUAACUGCUGUCAACCCUGACAGAUUCUGAGCAAUGAAUCUGGGUUGCCUGUAGAUUAUGUAAGCCAGAUGACACUAUCCACCAAGAUCAGCACAUUUGUGUUGCAGGUGCAAGAGAGUCAUAUUAUCACCCCCAUAACUUUGUCUGCUCGGUGUGAUUCUAAUGAAUUUCCCUUCUCUGGCUGUGUUCAUUUUCUCAUGAUCCAGUAAAACAACAAAGUCCUUCACAAUGUUUUGCUCAAAUUUAAUGUCAAUGAGGACAUCUUGGACUGAUUAAUUGUAGGAUGGGGAUGAACAAAUGGAGAUCAAAAUAUGAUCAAAAUAUAGCAGUUAAUCUGUUCAAAACUUAAAACUGUGACUGUGCCAUAAAAUAUGCCUUCCAAAAGAUUGAUUUGAAAGCAUUUACUGUGUAAUUUAUUUAUAACCAUCUUGUCUUGUUCAGCAAUUUCCAGGCGACAGAGCAUUUUAUUCUUUCUGUUAGGAGCGUUUCUAUGUAUUAGAAUGAGCAGAGGGGGAAAAGAGUUGGAAACCCAUUCUACUCAGAUUCUUCUAUAAAAGCAAUUGCUUCCUAAUACUGUGUGACAUGACUGGAAUCUACAGUUCUUAGCACUUUCAAAAACAGAUCUUGUAAUUCCUGUGUCUAUCAAGAGAUCAGCAGGUGAGCUGUAAAGAUUUUAAAGCAAAUAAUUGAUAGCAUUUUACUUGAUGGCCAAUUUUUUGCUUCCUCAUUCAUUUCUAUUUUGUUGGCAGUUAAUGAUUUUAGCAGUUCAAUCCAGUUUUGAUGAAUUUUGUUUGUUUCCAAUUAAAUAUAUUUCCAAACCAAGCCAGUUUGCACAUCACUCAAAAUUGAAUUUAGUGUCAAACAUUUGCUGGAUUAUUAUUAAGUAUUUUUCUGGACAUUUGUGGGAGUAGUAACAGGCAUCAAGAUUUAUAUGAGUGAAUCCUGGGAUUGCUUUAUUAAUCAUGUGGGGAAAACAUCUGCUACAAUGCAACCAUGUGGUAAAUGGAUUAUGUCUUAAAAUUUGACUGACUAUAUAAUUUCCUAAUUUUCCACCAAAUGGAAUUUACUUCAUUUAGUUAAAGUGAACAAAUAAUGCUUAUCAAAGGCACAAAAUUAAAAUUGUAUUUAAAUUCUUACAGAAAAUAAGGGCUUCUGUUUUGUUUAGCUAUAAUGCUUUGUACCUGAGAUAUCUUUAAUAUCACAACUUAUAUGAUACAUGUUUGCUACUGAAUAAAACCAGUCUUUAUCAAUCUUUUCAAAUACUCAAAACUUUACUAAGGGAAUACAGAUAUUAGAGAAUUUUUUAAAGGUUUGCCAUUAUGUCUGCAUGCAUUGUAUCUAUAUUUUCUUAAUUUGAUUUCAUUGAAUCCUUUGUUAAUUGUACUUAAUUUGUGCAAUUCACCAGAGUUCAGCUCGAGCAAUUGUUCAAAAGUAAACUGAGUAGAUUUUUUUAAGACUGUUGAUGGACUAGUUUUGUUUUUGUUUUCAGUUUUAUUCUUGAGAUUUGAUAAGCCUAAAAUUCAACAAAUAUUAUUUCUGAUUGAAUUUCACAGCUGCUUUGCUUGGAAUUUUUUUAAAUAAAAUGUCAGGUCACUUUGAAAUUGCAUUUUAUUGAUAUUGGUGUGUUUAAAUAAAAUA